AUGGGAUUGACAGGGAAGAGAAAACAUGAUGAAGAUGGUGAAUUACUGGAGAAGCAUAAAUUAAAAUUGCAAAAGAAACAAGACAAGAAAGAGAAGAAGAAAGAGAAGGAGAAGAAGGAAAAGAAGAAGGAGAAGAAGGAGAAGGAGAAGGAGAAGAAGAAGGAGAAGAAGAAGAAGAAGGAAAAGGAAGAGGAGAAGAGAAACAGCAGCAAGGAGAAGAAGCAAAAGUCCGAAAAGACAGUUGAAAGUGCUCUGCUAACAGCGGACUCCGCCUUAUCAUCAGGAUAUAUACAAUCAACUAAAUUGUCCAAUCUUUCCCAAUCAGAUAUAGAUGAAUUUUUAUCACAGAAUGAGGUAUCAAUCGAAGAUCCCCAAAAUCUCAAUUACAGACCAAUAAUAUCCUUUGAACAAAUUCAACUUGAACCCAAAGUUUCUUGCAAUCUUUCCAAAUUUUCUAAACCAACACCGAUUCAAUCCGUAUCUUGGCCUUUUCUUCUUGAUGGUAAAGAUGUAAUUGGAGUAGCAGAAACAGGUUCGGGAAAGACAUUUGCAUUUGGAGUUCCUGCAAUUAAUAACAUUGUUCGUACGCAAAAUCAAGAUUUGAGCGUCUUGUGUAUAUCGCCGACACGAGAAUUAGCCUUGCAAAUCUACGACAAUUUACAAGAUAUAACGAAAGGAGUUGAUAUAUCAUGUGUUGCCAUAUAUGGAGGUGUUUCUAAAGAUGAUCAAAUUAAAAAGCUUAGAAAAGGCGCAAACGUAGUAGUUGCAACACCAGGUAGAUUAGUUGAUUUGAUUAAUGAUGGGGCUAUAGAUUUGAGUCUGGUUACAUAUUUAGUUCUCGAUGAAGCCGAUCGUAUGUUAGAGAAAGGGUUUGAAGAGGAUAUAAAGAGAAUUCUUGGAUCGACAAAGUCCGCUGGUAGACAAACAUUGAUGUUUACUGCUACAUGGCCCAAAGAAGUUCGAGAAUUAGCUAACAAUUUCAUGAAUGAACCGGUUAAGAUCACUAUUGGUGACAGGGAUGAAUUAAGCGCCAAUAAAAAAAUUACCCAAAUUGUUGAAGUUUUGGAUGAUAAGUUUGACAAGGAGAGGAAAUUGAUUUCUUUGCUUCACAAAUAUCAAGAUGCAAAUCAUCAAGAUAACAAGAUUUUGGUAUUUGCAUUGUACAAAAAGGAAGCAACACGGAUUGAAAAUUUGCUCAAGCGCAACAGAUUUACCGUUGCAGCUAUUCACGGAGAUUUGUCGCAACAGCAACGUACACAAGCAUUGAAUUCAUUCAAGACAGGCGAAUGCAACUUGUUGCUAGCGACGGAUGUAGCGGCGAGAGGUUUGGAUAUACCCAAUGUCAAAUAUGUGAUUAAUUUGACAUUUCCCUUGACGGUUGAGGAUUAUGUUCACCGAAUUGGUAGAACAGGAAGAGCAGGUAAAACAGGUAUAGCACAUACGUUUUUUACUGAAGACGAGAAACAUUUGAGUGGUGCCUUGUGUAAUAUCUUACGAGGAGCCAACCAACCUGUUCCAGAAGCUUUAUUGAAAUUUGGUGGUCAUACGAAAAAAAAGGCACAUUCUGUUUAUGGCGCAUUUUACAAGGAUGUCGAUAUGAGUAAAACGGCAAAAAAGAUCAAAUUUGACUAA